UCCCCACGCGCCGGGCACCGCGGGGACGGAGCCGGCGCGGUGCCCACUUUGCAGGUGGGACGCGGAGGCUCAGAGAAGUCCGCGGCCGGGGGCGUGAGCGCCGGACCUCGGCCGGGCAGCCUGCGCCCUGCCGCCCAGCGCCCCGAGAUCGGGCCCUUCCCCGCGGGGCUCAGGCUCCGGGCCAGGAGGAGAGGGGGCGGGAAGGCCUGCUCUUGGCCGGGGCGUGUCUGCCCCUCCGCCCGCCCCCGCCUGCAGCAGUGUGGGGUGCAGUUUGCGCCCGGAGCCCGUGCCGGCGGCCGGGUGGGCGCCACCCCCGCGCGGACAGCCGGGGCGGGGAGCGUGCCCCUUCCCUGAGAAGUCCCGGGAAGCGGACCGAGUAACUUGAGCUGGACGUAGGAGGUGGAGGGCCCGCGCCCAGACGUCCUGACUGCGACCCCACCCCGCGUCCACCUGGGUCCACUUCCCUGAGUGUCCGCGACCCUUCCCGUCGUUAGGGAGUGUGGCGUGCCGAGAUGGCCCAGGCGCUGGCCAGGAGCCCCGCGGCGGCUGCCUCCCCACGUCCUUGAAGCAGACACUGUUAGUGGCCGUUGGUUAGUGUCCUGUAACCCGUGUCCUCGUCACACCCCAGUAAGGAGCCUCGCUUCCCCACAGUGCGGAAGGAAACCCUUCUCCCCCGGCACCAAACCAUUCUUGAAAACCAAAUUAAAGCAGGUACCUUGGACCUCAGAGGCAGCGCAGAGCCCUGUGGGCUGCCGGCGUGGUCUCCAGACCCCACAGAGCCCCGGAGGCUGCCGGCUGGAGACCACACGGGCAGCCCACAGGGCUCUGCGCCUCCUCUGAGGUCUGCGGGGUCCGAGGACGGCGGUGCUCCUCUCAGGAACUGUCUUGUUGAGAUUUAAUCUGGAACGUUCAUGCUCCAGCGGGCGGAGUGCGCCUUCUCACCCUUCUCCGGGGCCGCAGCCCCCAGCAGCGCUGAGGGAGGUUCUGCGGGGAGAUCCCACGUGCUUUAAGCUCUGGGCUGGGAGAGCGUUCCAGACCGGUGCUCGAUGAGCGCUUGAGCUAGGUCCCUGCAGGUGUGCUGGUGCUGUCCACGUGAUGUGAUGUGGCAGAGUAAACAUACCAGGGGCACAGCUGAUCUCAUCCCAGGCCCCACGUGGCCUCCCUGGCAUCCUUGUUCCUGUCCCCACCCCAUGAAGGAGCCCCCAGCUCCCUCGCGGCUGACGGGUAGCUGGCAUUGCCCCCACCCUCCACUCGUUCCUCUGACCCCCCUCAUCCUGCCAUGGUUUUCAUUUCCCCAGGUCCCAGGUGUGCAUACCUUCAGCAGGCCUUGGGGAAGAUGGCGACCCUGGGGGACAGUCAGGAGCCCCCUCGUGUCCCGUCCCCGGUCAAUCUUGCGUCACCAGGGACACCUGGAACCUGCCAGCGCGAGGCCCAGCUUCACCUCCACGGUCAUGAACACGACUCCCCUGGCUGCAGCCUGGAGGCGCUCUCCCAGCCCCUGCAGGAGGAGGAGCCGUCCGGCCUGGAUCUCCAAGAUGUGGAGGAGGUCCAGAUCGCCAGAGACACCUGCUGGCCAGACUCGGAGGCAGAGCUGGAGCAGGCCCCGUCGUCCCCCCACCCCCACCACCCUGAAGCCGGGGCGGACCAGGCCGGGGGAGCACUGAGGACCUUUUCCCGUAGACCCCGGUGUGGGGGCCGCUUUGGGCCGGAGUCCAGCUUGGAGCGGCCCGCGGGCCAGCCAUUGGGGACCGCGCCCUGCUCCCAGAAGAGGGGCCCGUGGCGCGUGACGCUACUGUCGCAGGGAGCCCCUGGGGCGGUGGGGGAGCCCGAGCGGCCCGGAGAGCUGGAGGGCGGCCGGGGGUCGGGGCCUGGGGUCCGGCAGGGCGGCCCGCGGGGCGGGAAGCCGCACCGCUGCGAGGCCUGCGGCAAGAGCUUCAAGUACCGGUCGCUGCUGCUCAAGCACCAGCGCAUCCACACGGGCGAGAAGCCGUACGCGUGCCACGAGUGCGGGAAGCGCUUCCGCGGCUGGUCAGGCUUCAUCCAGCACCACCGCAUCCACACGGGCGAGAAGCCGUAUGAGUGCGGCCAGUGCGGCCGUGCCUUCAGCCACAGCUCGCAUUUCACGCAGCACCUGCGGAUCCACAACGGCGAGAAGCCCUACAAGUGCGGCGAGUGCGGCCAGGCCUUCAGCCAGAGCUCCAACCUGGUGCGGCACCAGCGGCUGCACACGGGCGAGAAGCCCUACGCCUGCAGCCAGUGCGGCAAGGCCUUCAUCUGGAGCUCGGUGCUCAUCGAGCACCAGCGCAUCCACACCGGCGAGAAGCCCUACGAGUGCGCCGAGUGCGGGAAGGCCUUCCGGGGCCGCUCCCACUUCUUCCGCCACCUGCGGACCCACACGGGCGAGAAGCCCUUCGCCUGCGGCGCCUGCGGCAAGGCCUUCGGCCAGAGCUCCCAGCUCAUCCAGCACCAGAGGGUGCACUACCGGGAGUAGCGGGCAGGCGGCCGCGGCAGGAGGGGCCGGGUGGGGGGAGGUUGUGGAGAGAGGGCUCCCGCUCCCCCCUCGCGCCGCGCCGCUAUCCCCACACGCCCAGCGGCCCAAAUAAAUUCUUUUUAACUG